AUGUCUCUAAGUCUGCUGGGACGCAUAUCGCGGGGUCCUCGUACCCUGUCCGCCAUUCCUCGACGAUGGGGUAGUUCCGUCUCCCAGCGUCCUGGUUCGGACCGUGUUCGAUUUCCAGGUGCUGUCAACAGCAAAUUUACAACCGAGAUGGCCUUCAUCAAUCCCUCCGAAACGUCCAGCAUCCCUACCUACCGCGUCAUGGAUUCCGACGGCGUGUUGCUUGAUAAGGGUCGGAGACCCCUGAAUCUAUCAGAUGAGGAGAUCCUCACAUGGUAUAAGAAUAUGUUGACCGUGAGCGUCAUGGAUGUGAUUAUGUUCGAAGCGCAGCGACAGGGUCGGAUCAGUUUCUACAUGGUAUCUGCUGGAGAAGAAGGUAUCAGCGUGGGUUCUGCAGCCGCCUUGACACCCGACGACGUGGUGUUUGCCCAGUACCGAGAAACCGGCGUCUUCCAGCAACGCGGAUUUACCCUCAAAGAUUUCAUGAGCCAGCUAUUCGCCAACUGCCAUGAUAAUGGCCGGGGUCAUAACAUGCCAGUCCACUAUGGAUCAAACUAUCCCCGUACAUACACUAUAUCAUCCCCCCUAGCAACACAAAUCCCUCAGGCAUCCGGAGCGGCAUAUUCUCUGAAAUUACAGGCCCUCCAGAACCCAGACACCCCACCACGCAUUGUCGCCUGCUACUUCGGCGAAGGAGCCGCCAGUGAAGGCGACUUCCAUGCUGGACUUAACAUCGCAGCCACCCGCUCCUGCCCCGUUGUGUUCGUCUGCCGAAACAACGGCUACGCCAUCUCAACCCCCACCCUGGAACAAUACCGGGGAGACGGCAUCGCCAGUCGUGGAGUCGGAUACGGCAUCGACACCAUCCGCGUCGACGGAAACGACAUCUUCGCUGUGUAUGAAGCCAUGCGCGAAGCACGACACAUCGCCCUGUCGGACGGCGGCAAACCCGUUCUGAUCGAAGCCAUGAGCUACCGAGUUUCUCACCACAGUACCAGUGACGACAGCUUUGCGUACCGCGCGCGCGUCGAGGUGGAGGAUUGGAAACGACGCGACAACCCCAUCAUCCGUCUUCGCAAGUGGCUGGAGAACGAGGGCCUGUGGAACGAGGAUCUUGAGCGGGACACCCGCGAGCAGCUGCGCAAGGAGGUGCUGAAGGAGUUUGGCGAGGCCGAGCGCGAGAAGAAACCCCCUCUUCGAGAGGCCUUUAGCGAUGUGUAUGAGGAAGUCACCGAGGAGGCUCGGGAACAGAUGAAGGAGCUCAAGCGCAUCCUCGAGGCCUAUCCGGAGGAAUAUGACCUUCGUGAGUACAAAGAUGGGAUUAACGGUUUAUAG